ACACGCGAGAGAGCGCGCUGUUGCGUGUGUGCGUGCACGCGCGCGCGCGCGUGUGUAUGUGUGUGUGUGGUAGCGUGGCGGCCCGCGGCCGCGCGACGACCGACGACGACGACACUCCACUCAUACACUCGCCACCGUCACGGCCGUCGUCGCCGUCGCCGCUGCCGCCGUCGUGCGCCGCGAUGCCGCGCGGCAAGACACUACUGUUCCUCUCUCCGCGACGAGGCUCGCGUCACACGUAGCACGUAGACAGAAAGAGAGAGAGAGAGAAAGAAAAGAUAGCAUAGCAUAGGAUAAGAUAGGAUAGGAUAGGAUGGAAUGGAAUGGGAUAGGAUGGAAUGGAAUGGAAUGGAAUGGAAUGGAAUGGCGCGGGACGGCGGGCGAUCCGCGCGCACACAUACAUAUGUAUCCCGCUCACUCGCUCUUACGCUCUUCGCUCGCUCCUACACAUUCAUGGCACCCUCACGCACAUGUUCACUCACCCACCCACCGCCGAGUGUACGUGCAAGAGAACGUGUGGGAGAGACAGAGAGAGAGAGAGAGCGCGCGAGCGGGAGGAAAAAGGACACCAGUCGAGUUGGGAGUAACGUAACGUAACGGUGUACGUGUGAGAGCGCGUUCCCGACUACCUGGCUACAUAACCUCAAUCGGAAUGACGCGUCCCGACGUAAACCGAUGCGGCUAUCUAAUGCUACGGUAUCCUUCCUCUCCCCCACGUUGUGCCCACGGGCCAUUGCGACUUUACACGUCGGUCGGAUCGCCCACCGCUGUUGCUUCCUUCGAUGAUAUUUCAUUGUCUCCCCCCUGCCUUUCAAUUCGGUCAUUCGAAAUUCUAUUCAUGACGGUUUUGUCGAAAGAAACGGGCGAUCGGCGAUCCUCGGUGCCGCGACACCGCGCGAGGAAUCGCUGCCAGACGGUAAUCUCGUCCCCGUUCCCGGACAAGGGGAGACAGCCAUGCUGCGCCUACUCGAUAAAAUUGCUACGAGAUUGUUAUAUUGCUCUUUGUGAUAUUUUUGCGCGAAUCCGACGACUUUGCGCACUUUACGAGAAAUGUAUUCUGCUAAUUCUUAAUUGAAUUUCUCCUCAACAUUAUUCGUAUUAAAUUAGGAAUUUAUAAUUUUUGAAAGCCACUUGUAACAAUUAUAAUAUAAAUCAGCAAAUAAAUUUAAUAUUUUACUUGUAAAUUAAGUUUAUGAAAUGAGAAAUAUUGGACAAUUAAAAACAAAUGCAAAGUUUGAAGCUCCUAUAUAUAACAAUUCAAAUAAAGCAAGAUGAGAUUGAGAGCCGUGCUGGGUGUUGUGCGCCAAAAACAAAACUUGUUAUAGAUUCUAAGUUUUGUUCUGAGGAAGACUGUUGAUUAAAGGUCGUCGAUAUGCGAGCCGUUAUCGAUGUCAUUUCGGCACUGGAAAAGACGACAGUUACUAAAGAGGUGUUGGAGGCUACGAGACUUGGAAAACACGUCAAUGAGCUUCGUCGAAAAUCGAGUAAUGAAGCCUUGGCCAAGCGUGCGAAGGAUUUGGUACGCCGCUGGAGAGACAUGGUUCUACCGACGGUACAGCCUACCCUGGCUGACACGGCACCACCGGCUCUCAAUGGCGCGAAGGAAGUGGCCAUGAGGAAUUUCAAGCCACAGAGCCCUGCGUUACGAGAGUUAAAGCCUCACAGUCCUUUAUUGAUGAAAGAUGCCACUCCUCUUAGAGUUCUCAGUCCGUCACUAUCUGUGCACAGUGAGCAUUCACGAUCUCCUAACGCGUCUUCGAACAACAAGCAGUCAAUUAGCCUGACGAGCAAUCACAGGAUAAGUUCGUGCUCGAGGAAUGCGUCCCCAGUGCUCGGUAGCUCGAAUCAGAAUCACGUAACGGAAGCGGUGCCGCGUACACACAGUUCUAACAAACGACUGCGGAAAGAGGAGAGCAGCAAGGACCAAUGUCAAUACUAUCAAUCGCCGCAUGGAACCGAGUCGACGACGAUAGAAGAGGCAGCGAAGAAGCAGCGGCUCAACGGCGAGAACAUAAGUGGUAAUUUAAAUUCGCAAGUGCCUAGCCCCACACUGAAGGGACGAAUCUCCGAUUGUUUCGCGGAGACCACCUCCCUCGAGACCACGAACGACGUCGAGUCGGGCCCGAAGAAACGUGGCCGUAAAAAGGGCAGCAAGUCCGCGAAGCGACAAUCGUUUCUCGAGGACAGCGUGAAAGAGAAGCUGGCCAGUAUCUCGAAAAAUCCCAAGUUGAAGACCACGCAGGAGCUCCUGGCCGAUCUACAGGCAAAAGUAAAAAACAAAAGUAGUAAUUGCAGUCCCGUCAUCGGCAGCGCGAAUGCCCUACCUAGUCAAAGCGUCGCGGAACCUCCCCGCAUGGAGGAUGUUCUGCGAGGUAGCAACAAUGAGCAAGUGUCCAAGUAUCUGCGCUGCUCAAGCCAGAAGAACUCUCAGAAUCUUAGCAGGAGUCUGGCGCUAGCAGCCUCCUCGACGGUGGAGACUUCCUCGACUGGCAGAGCGCAAAAAGCGACUCGCGGAUUGAGAUCCGCGGAGAAUUGUCGCGAGUCGUCCUCGCCCGAAUCCUGUCAGGACAGGUUGCGCGAAGACGAUAGGUUGUCGGGUACCACUGAGACGUCGACGUGUCGAUCGCCGCCGUUGCAGCGAAACCUCACGAUCGAGGAGAUAUUGGCCAAGUUACCGCCCUUAGAUCCCAGCUCGAUAGACUGGGGCGACGACUGGAAAGAAGCCGAACAACGGAACGAAGCCGCAACCGAACGCUUUCCGCCACCGCGGGACGUUACUGCCGAGGAUCUCGAAAGGUUACACGCGCAGUGUGUCGAAGGACUUAACGGCAAUUUUCAGCCGAGGCUGUCGACCGCGUGUUCCUCCGCGGAUGGUGUCGACGAUGAGCGCUCGACGACGACGACGACGACAACAAAUGCUACGGACGCAGGGAACGGGGGAGUGCCGUCAGGAUUGUCGAACGUCGAUAGUGUAAAAAGUGUGCGCAACAACCAAACUGACGAUGUGGAAUUUCGGGAGUGGCAUCAGAUGCUAGCGAGGCCCAGUUACCAGGGCGAGAUCCUCAACAUAAUGCCUUAUGUUAUUAUCGAUUAGUGAUUUUAUCAUCUUAUUCUAUUAUUAUCCUCUGUCCUUCCCCCUUCUGUCCUUGAGAAAGAAAUUGUCAGGAGAAUCUACAAAUGAUGAAAAACGGCCAAGCCGAUCGAGAAAUUCGUUUGGUCGGUUGGUCUAUUAAAAUUAACGAUUUCUAUUGCGAUUCUGAGCGUACUUUUCAUUUCUAUCUUUACGCUGACGCGUCGCCGCCGCCGCACCACCGUCACCACCAACACCAAUCACCAACCACCAUCACCAUCCUCCUUGCCAUCAUCAUUCCCAUUAAUAUACAGCCUAUCUCGCUAUCUCGCUGAACGUACAUGUGCAACCCCGCGCGGCGAAUAGCUAUUCUUUUGUAUCAUCACCGUCAUCAUUACCAUCAUCGUUAUCGACAUCAACAUCGUCGUGUUAGAAUUAUUAUAAUUAUUAUUAUUAUAAUAUUAAUAUUAUAAUUUAUAUAAUAUUAAUAUUAUUCCUUUUUAUUAUUAUUAUUAUUAAUAUUAUUGUUAUUAGUAUUAUUACGUCGAUUAUUAGUCCCUGCUUUUAUUCCUCUCCUCAUAAUUAUUGUUAUUGCCAUUAUCAUCGUCAUUGUAGCUACCAUCAUUAUCAUCAUCGUCACCGUCAUUAUUAUCGUUAUCGUUGUGCUGACGAUAAAGAAAUUAAGAGACCACUAGGAAAAAGAAAAAAAAAAAUAGAAUCAAUGUUGAAUUAUGAUUAUCAGGACAAGAGCAGCCGCAUGAUUGGUUUUAUAAUUGCACUGUAUAUGCGGAAUGAAUUGUUAACUGUGAGAUAUAAAUUACAUAGGUAUGGAAUAACGCGAAUAUAUACCGCGGGAUGCGCGUGCUGCGAUACGAGUAUUGCAUUAUUUUUACACAAAAUAAAAGUAGGCGUCAAUGUGGCUCCUGACUUCUCAUUUUGGAAUAUUCAGAAAUGUACGACAAUGAAUGAUCGCUUCUCUUACGCGUUAAUUGGCGUUAAGCGCGAGAAAUUUAUUUAUAUCUCUAUUUUUUUUUCUUCCAUCACACGUCGUGUUCAAUUCAAAAUCAAUCCUAAAUUCUAUUGAGGGAAACAAAAGAAAGUUGGAAAAACAGAUGCAAGGAUUACUCUUGAGAACUUAUGGGAAGACACAGACAGAUAUAGCAUAAAUGCAUAAACAAAAAUUUGAACAAUCGUCAUGGUCUCCAAGACAUUUUCAAGUAUUUCACAAGACUGUUACACAGGGACUCUGUCGCGCGACUGUGCAGAGAGCAACGCGAUUUCUUCAAGCUAUCAAUAAGUUUAGGUACACCGGUGCCUUAAUCAAGCUAGAGAAAAGAAAGAGGAGGGGGAGAGGGGAAAUAUAUUUGUCUAAGUGCGUCAUAGAAGUUUUUUACUCAAAAUUUUUUUUUGUUCAUUGCACCAUUGCGUUGCGAUUUAUGGCGAAUGUAUCGUAAGGUCGUGCAUUAUUAGACGGCGGAAAAAUUAACGAAAUUAAAUAUGGACGCGACACAAUUUUUCUCGUAGGUGCAAUACCAGACGUCCCUAACAGCACAAGAUAUCGUAUGAACAUUUCUAGAAUAUUCUAGAUAUCGUACGAAUAUUCGUACAAUAUCAUAACAUCGUACGUAUAUUUAUACAAUAUUCAUUAGACAUAUCAUGUGCUGUUAGGGACAGGUUUAAAUUUGAUAAUAAAUACACAGGAUGUGUCCCGAAAAAAAGUUUACGGAGCUGAGUGAAUUAUAAUAAAACGAGAUUUCGAAACGGUUGCGUGUCUCUGGUUUAUCUCUCUCUCUCAGAAGUGAUCCAUGUCGAGCUCAAAUAUUACGAUAAGGCGUCUAGUCCAGUGAAAGAAUCGAGAGAAUUGUUUUUGUAGAGCUGCGUUCUCAAUACAUUUGUUAAAACCAUCUGUCUACAUUUGGGCGAAAUAACAACAUGCAAAUCCUUUGAUUCUCAGCCGUUUCUCAUCCUCGUCAUUUCCUCGUCCUUCGUGAUGAUCCCUCUGAGACUUUCCUCUUAUCGGAAACUUAGGAAAUCGUGACCUAGAGAAAAGGAUCUCACGGCACAUUGGUUGAGUAAAUAAUAAAAAAAAAAAUUGUAUUCA